GGCGGCUGCGGGGUCGCCCCGGGCAGAGAGCGGCCAGCGGCUGAGGGGAGCCGCUGACAAGAGCUGCAUGGAGGACCCUGCGGCGCCCGGGGCCGGGAGCCCGCCGGCCAACGGCAACGGCGUUGGCAACGGCAGCGGCAAAGGGAAGCCGGUGGCGCCUAAGGGCCGGGAGGCGUUCAGAAGCCAGCGGCGGGAGUCAGAGGGCUCUGUGGACUGCCCCACCCUGGAAUUUGAAUAUGGAGAUGCAGAUGGGCAUGCAGCAGAGUUGUCAGAACUGUAUAGCUACACUGAAAACCCGGAAUUCACCACUAACAGGAGGUGCUUUGAAGAAGAUUUCAAGACCCAAGCGGCAAUUCAAUUUUCAACUCAAAAAAUGCAUGUGCAGGGUAAAGAGUGGCUGGAGUUGGAGGAAGAUGCCCAGAAGGCCUAUGUGAUGGGGCUCCUGGACCGCCUGGAGGUGGUCAGUAGGGAGCGGCGACUAAAGGUGGCCCGGGCUGUUCUCUACCUGGCCCAAGGCACUUUUGGGGAAUGUGAUUCAGAGGUCGAUGUGCUACACUGGUCCAGGUACAACUGCUUCCUGCUCUAUCAGAUGGGGACCUUCUCGACCUUCCUGGAGCUGCUCCACAUGGAAAUAGACAACAGCCAGGCCUGCAGCAGUGCUCUUCGGAAACCAGCCAUCUCCAUUGCCGACAGCACAGAGCUCCGGGUGCUGCUGAGUGUCAUGUACCUAAUGGUGGAAAAUAUCCGCCUGGAGCGCGAGACAGACUCCUGCGGGUGGAGGACCGCCCGGGAGACCUUCCGCACGGAAUUGAGCUUCUCCAUGCAUAAUGAGGAGCCUUUUGCCCUUCUGCUUUUCUCCAUGGUUACCAAGUUCUGCAGUGGCCUGGCUCCCCACUUCCCCAUAAAGAAGGUCCUGCUUCUGCUCUGGAAAGUAGUUAUGUUUACUCUUGGUGGAUUUGAGCAUCUGCAAGCUCUCAAAGUACAGAAGCGGGCAGAACUGGGCCUGCCUCCACUGGCUGAGGACAGUAUCCAGGUGGUGAAGAGCAUGCGUGCUGCAUCCCCGCCCUCUUACACUCUCGACCUGGGGGAGUCUCAGCUGGCACCACCACCCUCCAAACUGCGAGGUCGCCGUGGUUCUCGAAGGCAACUCCUUACUAAGCAGGACAGCUUGGACAUCUACAACGAAAGAGAUCUCUUUAAGACUGAGGAACCAGCCGCAGAAGAGGAAGAGGAGUCCGCCGGUGAUGGAGAACGAACCUUGGAUGGAGAGUUAGACUUGCUAGAGCAGGACCCUCUAGUACCACCUCCACCUUCACAGGCACCCCUCUCUGCUGAGCGAGUGACCUUUCCCAAGGGUCUACCCUGGGCCCCAAAGGUCAGACAGAAAGACAUUGAGCACUUCUUGGAGAUGAGCAGGAACAAGUUCAUCGGAUUCACUCUGGGGCAGGACACAGAUACCUUGGUUGGAUUACCCAGGCCCAUCCAUGAGAGUGUGAAGACCCUCAAACAGCACAAGUAUAUCUCCAUCGCAGAUGUUCAGAUCAAGAAUGAGGAGGAGCUGGAGAAGUGCCCCAUGUCUUUGGGGGAAGAGGUGGUACCAGAGACGCCGUGUGAAAUCCUCUACCAGGGCAUGCUGUAUAGCCUCCCCCAGUACAUGAUUGCUCUACUUAAGAUUCUGCUGGCGGCAGCCCCCACCUCCAAGGCUAAGACUGACUCUAUCAAUAUCCUGGCAGAUGUCCUGCCUGAGGAGAUGCCCAUCACUGUUCUCCAGAGCAUGAAGUUGGGCAUUGAUGUGAACAGGCACAAGGAGAUCAUCGUAAAGAGUAUCUCUGCCCUGCUCCUGCUCCUCCUCAAACACUUCAAACUGAACCAUAUCUACCAGUUUGAAUAUGUAUCACAACAUUUGGUAUUUGCUAACUGCAUUCCAUUGAUCCUGAAAUUCUUCAAUCAAAAUAUCUUGUCCUACAUCACUGCCAAAAACAGCAUCUCGGUCCUGGAUUACCCUUGCUGUACCAUCCAGGAUUUGCCAGAGCUUACUACAGAGAGUCUGGAAGCUGGAGACAACAACCAGUUCUGCUGGAGGAAUCUCUUUUCCUGCAUCAACCUUCUGAGGCUGCUCAAUAAACUGACCAAAUGGAAGCAUUCCAGAACCAUGAUGCUGGUAGUGUUUAAAUCUGCUCCAAUCUUAAAGCGGGCUCUCAAGGUCAAACAGGCCAUGCUGCAACUUUAUGUCCUGAAGCUGCUCAAAAUACAGACCAAGUACCUGGGGCGCCAGUGGAGGAAAAGCAACAUGAAAACCAUGUCAGCCAUUUACCAGAAAGUACGCCACCGCAUGAAUGAUGACUGGGCUUAUGGGAAUGACAUUGAUGCCAGACCGUGGGACUUCCAAGCAGAAGAAUGCACCUUGAGGGCCAACAUUGAGGCUUUUAACAGCCGCCGGUAUGACAGACCCCAGGACUCUGAGUUUUCACCUGUGGAUAACUGCUUGCAGAGUGUGCUGGGGCAGCGGUUGGAUCUUCCUGAGGAUUUCCACUAUUCAUAUGAGCUCUGGCUGGAGAGAGAGGUGUUUUCACAGCCCAUCUGUUGGGAGGAGCUGCUCCAGAACCACUGACUGAGCUCUUGUCAACAAGUAUCUGAUAGGGAGUGGUUGGCUCCAAUAAAUGGUGCUCUGCCUACCCUGCCCAUUUAGCCUUUGUUUCAAGCUCUAGGAGCGCUUGUCCAGGGUGGAGCUGGCCCAGCCCAGGACAUCUAGUGUAGUUCAGGACUAUUCUGGGGGCUUUUAGGCCUGGAGAUAGUAUAAGGCUGGGAUCCUGAGUCAUAAAAAUUGAUCUACUUGCCCUGGAGUCAGUUGGGUGCCCAGUUGCCCAUAAAAUCUCUUUGCUGGAAAGUCCUGUACAGUUUUUUUUGUGAGACUUCUCCCUGCUUUAGUCUUGCCUAGAACCAGGCUAGGCUUUGCUGGCCCCAGGAGUGUGAAUAAGUUUAUUAUGGCACUUGACCCAUGGCCUUCCUUAUAGGUAAUGGGAAGUGUGGCUCAUAAAAUUUCUUCUUGCUCACCUGGACUACCAGAUGUUUGGCAAACCCAACUUUGAAAUUAAGUCUGUAUUUAAAAUUUUAAAUUUUGACACUCACCUCUUUCUGAAAUUUUUAGCUCGAAGAUGAUUUUUAGAGCACCUGCACCUUCUUUGUGAAGGAUGAUGAUUUACUAUUACCUAAAUACUGCAUGUUAUAGAAAGGUAUAUUGUGUAAAGUCUUUUUUCUUUAUUCCUUAAGAGAUCUGUGUUCGGUGUGAAAAUUAUUUCCUUGUGUACUCUGUAUAGGGCAUGGAGUGCUCUGCCACCAUCAAUAUAAAACAGUCAGGCCUCUUCUAAGAACAUUUCAUGUUUUUCUGAAACUGCUUCAGUCUUAAAAUGACUGAGUACAUUGCAGAAAAUUAUCCUUUUCAUCCAGCUCAUUUUUAAAUGACAAGUUAACUACAGGAAGUUUUAUUUAUUGAGAUGGUGUAUCCAUUUGUGUUCAUGAUCAAUUUAUUUUUUAAUUGAAUAGAACAGCAAGAGCAUCACAGCUUAUCAUUUUUCUUUUUCUUCUAUGUUGAUUAAUGAUUUUUUCCCCUUUUUACUGCUAGCAGUUUCAAAGUGUCAUGUGGAGAUUUAGCAAUACUGUUUCUACCUGCAAGUAUUACACGUUUCUUUGAAAAUAUAAGGGUUGAUGUACUGACCUCUUUAAACACCUCUCUUUUACAGCGGAAUCACAUAUUUCCUCACUGAAACAAGGUUUUUAGAAAAGUUUCUGAUUUGUCAGGAUCAUUUUGUUUCUCAGCUGUCCUCACAGUUAUGCCAUCUAUAUUUUCAAGUGUUUUUACUUUAAAUGCCCCUGCCCUGCAACAUAGACACUACUGAAUCCUUUUUAUGAUAACACCAGGCCACUGUAAUUGGGCCAGGAGGUCUAGUCAAAAUCAGCAUAUUUACUUCAUCCGUGGUCAACCAGUGUUUCUUUUGGAAGUCAUGAUAGAGUUGCUAAUGAUUUCCGAAGGAACUUUGCCAAAACUCUGAUUAUAGCUUGGAUUUCACCUUUUUGUGCUUUAGGGUAGUAGGAUUUCUGCUUUUUUUUUUUUUUUUUUUGAGAGGUCAGAAAGAAUGUAAGUAUGUAAUGGAUAAAACUGAAAAUCUGUAAAUUUUGCUUGAAUAGGACAGCAGUCCUCAUUGCAAUUAAAAUAAUUUACUGAGUAUAUCAUUACUGAACCCUAUUAAUUUGUGAUUUUAAUGUGAUUUAAGUGAAAAGACAACCUUUACCUAAAGGAAAGAAUAAUUAUCAAUCUAUUUAUUUUGAGUUAAGUAGUAUGGAGUAUCUGUGUCCAGAACAGAUGUUAAAAAUAUGCACAUGAAUGCUUUCUGAAUCAGAGAUGUAUGCUAAGCUUUAACAUUUCUUACUUUUUUAAUAAAUAUUUUCUAAGGGAAGAUUAAUUCUCAGUGUACAUGGAAAAACUGAUGCACCAAGGAUAAGUGUUUAGUUUCAAAUUAUAUCAUUUUACCACUGAUUUGCUGGGACUAGCAUUCAGGUACUGAUAGCCAGCCCCAUAGAUUUCAGUAACUGGCUUGAUGUUCCCAAUUUGAGAAUGUAUGUGUGUGGUUAGGAGUAAAUUUAGCCUCCAAUAGUGAUUACUGUUACAACAUAGAAGAACAUUAUUUGAGUGAUUUAUAAUGAAGAUUUUUAUUUGUGAAUAUUUCAGUAAAGUUUGUGUUGAUUGUUGAUAAUACUGUUUAUCUACUGAAGCACUUUAAUAAAAAGAGAAUUGAACUGAA